AUGUCAUUAUCAUCUUGGAUAAACACAUUGACUUCUCAACGAUAUUCCUUAUUACCCACCAAUUCAGGUCCUGCUUCACCUGAAUCGAUCAAGACUUCCUCAACAACCAAGAAGAGAUUGUUUCAGGCUACAGCGAUAGCUUUAGUGUUGAUGGGUAUAGCGGGUUAUUCACUCCGUUCAGCCGAUGUUAAAAUAGCAGAAGUAGAUCCAUAUGAACAAUAUUCAGAAGCUGGAAAACCUAUACCGAUUUCCCCUUCAAUUCCUACCUCUGAUGCGAACUCAAACCUCGAUACGAACCCAGAUCAGGAGACUUCGCCCGAAAUAACAGAGGAAGAGCAUCAAAAAACAGAUACAGAGUUAGAAGGAAGUGAGACUGCCAAUCAGGAUGAUCAGGAUGGAAGUCUGGUCGAAUCAGUGGCUGAUCCAAUGGAUACGUGGGGAUGGACAGAAGCUAUGGGGUGGAAACCUCCUAAUGUUGGAUUAGCAGAUUUAGGUGAAGUCGCAGAGGGUAGAUAUAGACUGGGUUUCGAACAAGGAGAACAAGGCACAAGAGAAUACUUUGACAGAUUACAACAGUUCGCAUUAUCACUUCCAAUGGCAUUACAUUCACCAUUAUUAACAUCGUUAUUUUAUCAUUCACCACCUAAUUAUCCUGAUGCGGUACCUUCAUAUCCAUUAUCAUCUGGCGUUCAACCUCAACUUUCAAGUAUGAUAAAUUAUAAAUAUAUACAUCAAACAGAUAAAGAAUUCAAUCCGUCCAACGAAUUGACCAAGAUAUGGGAAAAUAUGAAUAAACCUGAUGGAUGGAAAUUGAACUUUUUGGAUGAUCAACAAGCUCAUGAUUGGAUGUUACAAUGGUUUAGAAGAAGUGAUGUCGAAUGGGCUUGGGAUUAUAUGCACAGAGGUGUACUUAAAGCCGAUUUCUUAAGAUACCUAUUACCCCUAGUUAUGGGUGGUGUAUACUCCGAUGUUGAUACACAACCUCUUCGACCAAUCGAACAAUGGGGACAUCACAAUGUUGAAUAUUUAGAUAUAACUUCGACGGACGGUACGAAUUGGCGAACUCAAUUAUCGACGCAUCCAUCCGUUAUAGUUGGGGUUGAUGUCGAUGUACAUGCUUAUGAAGGAUGGGAAAAUGGUUGGCCUAGAGCAGUAGGAAUUUGUCAAUGGACAUUAUCAUCUUCACCUUCACAUCCAAUCUUCCUUGAUGCAGUCAGAAGAGUCGUAAACUCCACUAGGGUGGUUGAAGAUUGGGAAAAUUGGAGAAGUAAAGAAAUUCAAUCAUUGGAAGAUCAAGGUAAAAAUGAUGAAGCAAAUGAAUUAAGAGAACAACAUAGAGAUCAUGCUAUGAACGUAAUGGAAUGGACUGGUCCAGGUUUAUUCAGUGAUAGUGUUAUUGCAUAUAUACUAGCAAGGUACAAUGUAACGUGGCAUAGGUUAAGAGGAUUAGAUCAUCCUUUGAGAAUAGGUGAUAUUAUGAUAUUACCCAUAACGGGAUUCAGUCCAGGUGGAGAGAAAGAUUUCGGUGCUCAAGGGCCUGAUAGUAUUCAAGCGAAUGUCUUACAUAACUUCAGAGGAAGCUGGAAAGCUGAUGGUGCGAGAAAGAAAUGA